UGGACGCGCCGGCCGCCUGCGAGAUCGAGCGCCUGCCGGAGGACCUCCUGGUGCACGUGAUAUCGCUCACGUCGCCUGCGGACGCCAUCCACGCCACCGCCGUGUCCCGGGCCUUCCACGCCGCCGCUGACUCGGACACCGUCUGGUCCCGCCUCCUGCCGCGCGACCUCCCGCAGUUCGCCAAGAGGGAGCUCCUCCGCAAGCCGCCUUAAAUAUCUUCUUUUGUACUCCCUCUUUAAACUAAUAUGAAAGCGUUGUGAAGUUUUUAUAUUAGUUUACAGAGAGAAUACGUACGUUGCAGCGCAUGCAGCUGGACAAGGCCACCGGCGCCAAGUGCUUCACGUUUUCGGCCAGCGCGCUACACAUCACCCAAGCUAAUGAUGCACACGCGCCCUUGAUACGUGUAGGUUCAGUGCCGGGUUACAGCAAAAGAGGCAAAAGGUUCUCACAAGCAGCUGACAUCGGCCAUGUUAACAUACUCGAGAUAUGUGCCAAGAUACGGAGAAACAUGCUCUCUCAAAACACAACCUACGUGGCAUACAUGGUGUUCAAGCUAGGACCCAGAUUUUACAGCUUUGAUUUCCCGUUUCAAGAAGCCUCAUUUGGAGUUGCUGGGAGACAGUCGACCCGGCAGGUUUGCCUGCAAGGCUAUGUCGAGGACGGUGAUGGAGCCGAUGUUCCACCUCGGAAACACAUCGUGCCAAGUUCUUACAGUAUAUAUAAUCAUGACGAGGUUCCUCCUCAAAAGAACGUUGUUUUCCCACGUAAGAAAGCCGGCGGUUGGAUGGAGGUGGAGCUUGGUGAGUUCCAUAAUGAGGGAGGUGACGGUGAGGUCUCCAUCAGCUUGACCGAGACAACAAAACCCAAGAGUGGCCUUAUUGUCUGGGGCAUUGUGAUAGUAAGAAGUACUCCCUCCGUUUCGAAUUACUUGUCUUGAAUUUGUCUAGAUACGGAUGUAUCUAGACUCAUUUUAGUGCUAAAUACCUCCGUAUGUAGACAAAUCCAAAACAAGUAAUUCGGAACAGAGGAAGUAAGCAACAAAAGAACUAGCAUUUCGUACCAUAUACCAUGGGGGAGCUGGAAAGGAGAAUUUAUUGGACUGUUUUUGUUACAUAGAAU